AGGCAUUAUCAGUGAAGAGGGUGGGUUGUGUCGGAUCAAUCUCCGAUUGGGCUAACUUUCGCCGUUCCAUGAAGUGAUUCACGUGUAUUUUUAACUGUAUUCAGUCCAAUAAGAAUGAAUAAGUAAUUAAAAGUUGAUGUUUCCACUGUCUUAGUCAAGAUUUAUUUUAUGCACAGUACUAUUGUAAACAGUAUUGCUAAUAGUUUGUUAUGAACAUUUUUUAUUCUAGUGUUAAAAUAACAAUAAGCUUAAAUUCCAGAACUAAAACUCAAUCUUAAUCUUUGAUUAAUACAUUAUUUUUAUACCAAUAUUGUAUGAGUUCAGUUAUGUGUGUUAAUAUGUUGUUGUCCAGCUCCACAUUGGUAGCCAAUUUGUGUAGGUUCGGAAAUGUCUGCACCCCUUUGGUUAAGCCAUUUUGAUGUGUGUCGGUUAUCUCCACAUGUUGUUUGCUCCAAAUUGUUAUAUGUUAACAUGAGGUUAACAUGUGUAGUACCAGUUUGAUAUAGUAAGUUUAUAAGAUGUUAGAAUGUCUUGCAACGUUGUUGGUACACAUUUUGUACUGGAUCUACGUAGUUGGAAGAAAUGUCUUGAUGGAGCUACUGAAGAGAAACUGACCACUAGUUCUGGUAUUCCUUGCUUCGAUACAGUCAAGAGCCACAACCAAGAGACUGAUGGAACAGAGUUUAGCACUCGACUAACAAUGCCCGUUCAAAGGUACACAAGUUCUACUUUAAAUAUGCCCAAGAAAAGAAAAUCAGAUUUGUCGCAAAGCUCAAGACAAUCGCUUUCUAAAAAAAAAGCUCGAAGUCAGGAAACCUCUGAUGAAACUGAGCGAAGGAGAAAUGAACAGGUGAUCCGACAAGAAGCUGUGAGACAUGCCAGGACACCAGAGCAGGCAUCUUAUCUGCGGCUGCAACAUGCCCAUUACAUGGCAUCUCGAAGAGCGACUCAGGCACGUCGUGAGGAACAAGCACAGCGACAGGCCAGCUUGAGAGCCGCCGAAACACCACAGCAGGCAGAGUACCGACGACAACAACACUCCAUGUACAUAGCGGAUCAGCGGGGGUCGGAGACCCCGGAGCAAUUUUCAUAUAGCAUAAAAAGUGAGCUGGUGGAGGUGAAGCAAGAGGACCUAUCUAUGGAGGACAAAGAGAGUUCCAAUAACUCAUUGGUGCUUCAGCCUGCAGAAGGAAUUAGCUGUAAUCGCACAGCCGAAGAGAAAGAGGGGAGACUCGUUGGUACUGCUCAAACAGAAGAAGUAUUAGAUAUUCCUUUUGAAACUGUUUACUGCCAGGAAAUCUUUCCGAAGGUGGAAAUAAAAGUUGAGAAUAUCGAAGAUUGUGAGCCAGACAUGACUAUUACAUCACAACCUGAAGAAGAUGAUGUAUUUAUUGAGCCGAAAGUUUUAACAUACCCCAGCAAGAAGACUUCCUCCCAUGGACUGAAUUCGGUUCCUGUGGAAAUAAAAGUUGAGAAUAUCGAGGAUUGUGAGCCAGACAUGACUAUUACAUCUCAACCUGAAGAAGAUGAUGUAUUUAUUGAGCCGGAAGUUUUAACAUACCCCAGCAAGAAGACUUCCUCCCAUGGACUGAAUUCGGUUCCUGUGGAAAUAAAAGUUGAGAAUAUCGAGGAUUGUGAGCCAGACAUGACUAUUACAUCUCAACCUGAAGAAGACGAUGUAUUUAUUGAGCCGGAAGUUUUAACAUACCCCAGCAAGAAGACUUCCUCCCAUGGAUUGAAUUCGGUUCCUGUAAUUAUGGAGUCUGUGAUCGGUACUGAGAAAAAGUCCAGCAGUCGCAAAACCUGUGCCAUGACCGGUUGUGAAGUCAACCAAGCCCGUUCUCCUGGUGUGCAUUUUUUUAAAUUCCCUGUUUCCAGACAAGAGAUUUGUGAGCAGUGGGUGGCCAGCUGUGGGAACGAAGCUCUCGGUUCUCUAACUAAAGCGGCACUUCGAGCCAAAUUAGUGUGUGAAAAACACUUCACAAAUGAUAGUUUCACGAGCACUCUAAAGACAAGGCUAAAAAUAAAUGCAAUCCCGACAACUGUGGAAACUUGUUCUUCUCCAACAACACCUUUAUUAGAAGAAGUGACCUCGUUGCCGCAAUCUUUGAAAGAAACGCCGUUUACCCCUCCUGUGUGUAGGACACAAUCCAAAACCAAGAGUUCUCUUUUUAAUAGUCCACUUCAAGACCCAUGCAUUCCACUGUACAAAAUGUAUAGAAGGGUAAAAAAACGGAGACUAAUGCCAAAAAAAACUGAUUCAUCUGGAAAACAAAAAGUUUUAAAAAAACUGCACAUGAAAUUAAACUCAAAGAAGUUAAAACAGGCUCUGGAGAGAAGGAAGGAAAAGCCCCAGAAUGCAUCAAGCGAUGUAGUAUUACAGGCGCUACAAUCCUGUCCGCCAGAAAAGGUGGAAAUAAAAGUAGAAGUUAGCGAGUACUAUGUCAAGACUAUUGCAUCACAACCUGAGGAAGAAAACACAGUAUUUGUUGAGAAACAACUUUUAACAUACCCUAGCAAGAAGAAUGACUUCCGUAUAAUGAAUUUGGUUCCUAUGAGAGAAUGUGACCAUCCCAAAGAAGACGUGACAGACAAUCAACUUGGUGAGACAGAGGAGAUGCACAUCGUUGACUUCAGUGAACUGGCUAGCAGUUCUUUCAAUCCGUUGAAGAGACUUGAUGGAUUAACGGACUCAAAGGUUUCAAGUACCACGAGUAAACAUAUAACACGUCCUGUUUUUAAAGUCUGUCAACUCUGUGAAAAUCAGUGCUUUUCAACUUACAAAGACUUAAUGGAUCAUUAUAAAUCAAGACAUCAUGUUUCAUCUGUACCACCUCCAGCAAAAGCUGUAACAACUCCACCAACAAAUGUGACCUUUAAAAAGCGUUUUCGUAUGUUGAAGAAAUCCAAAGAUAAGAGUUCUAGCAGUCCAGAUGGCCAAGAUGUUUUCCAUAUUAUUUCAUUGAAGAACAUUCCUGAUAGAAGAAGAAAAGCUGCUAGAGAAAAGAUUGCAGCUUUAUUAGAUUUAAUUGCAGAAAAAGAUGUAGAUCCCCAGGAGAUACAAUUAUGUAUAUGAAGUUAAAGCAAUUUUUUGCUUUAAAUUGUGCACAUUGAAUAAGUAUAUUUAUGAUCAAAGUAUCCUAUUUUAAUUUUAGUGGAAAUAUUAAUUUUAGGGUGCAUUCAUUUACGCUAUUUGGUCUUGGUGAAUAAGUCUUUCCAGAUAAUUAUGUAAUCAUUUGUGUUCCUUAAUCCAAGCACUUUGUAAAAGACAAGACGUCAGAGUUUUGUAAAAUUUAGCAUCUAUUUCUGAGUUGUGAAUAACAUAUUUAAAUAAUUUUCUACAGUAAACAGGAUUUGGAAACAGAUUAUUAUGUUUUGCUACUGGUAAUUUUGUGAGGAUUUUGUAUAUAUUUAACUGUAAAUUUGUAUCUUUUGUAUAUAUUUAACUGUAAAUUUGUAUCUUUUAUAUAUAUUAACUGUAAAUUUUUAUCUUUUGUAUAUAUUUAACUGUAAAUUUGUAUAUGUUGUAUAUAUUUAACUGUACAUUUUGUAUAGUGUAAUACAAAUUAAAAGUUGGUUAAUGUAUAUAAUUAUUGUAAAUAUAUUACCUAGUAACUUAAAUUAAGAAAAGCCAAUUGACUGUAAAAGUUGUGUUCUUCAGGUAAUAAAUUUGUAACAAUUUUA